CCAGGCGUUCGAUUCCAGCGAGGGGCUGCAACAAGGUUUAGGGUUUAUAGGCCAUGUCGAAGGCGCUGCUGCCGCUGCUGGCAUGGGUCGCGAUCCUGGUGCUGGCUGCAGCAGCGGCGCAUCGACUCCAGAAGAAUGUGAUCGUGGAGCUCCACGCCAAAUGGAGUGGGACGUCGCUGCUCUUGGAAAUGGGUGAGCUUGUGGCCAAGGAGAGGGAUGACAAUUUCUGGAAAUUCAUUGACUCGUGGAUCGAGCGGGAGGAGAAGGAGAGCCAGUCCUCCUCCAACAGCACCAGCAAUUGCCUAGAGCAGAUAUUAUCGCAAGGCUCCGCUUUGUUGGACGGUCACCUCGCGUCCCUCUUAGAUUUGUCCCUCUCGCUGCGCAGCGCGUCACCAAAGCUUGUUGUCUACGCACAGCUCGCGCUGGAAUCACUGUCAGCCUUCAACCUUCAUUCCGAAGGCAGUGAUCGGCCACGACCUCCACGGCAAAAGUGCUGCUGGGUGGACGUGGGAUCCAGUCUUCUGCUAGAAGAGUCCGAGCUCCUCCACUGGCUGAAAUCCUUGUCGGGCGAGCCUUUGCUGGAUAAAACUUUGGACUUGUUUGAGUUUGAUCACGUCUAUCCACAAUCCGCAUCUUUUGCCUACACUGCCAUCCUAUACGGCGCACUUGGUACGCCCUGCUUCAAAAGGUUCCACUCAAUCCUCAGCGACUCCUCAAAAACUCAGGACCUUGUGCGGUAUGUGGCACGGCCAUUCCUUCCAGAUGGUUGCGAAGAGUCGUGCUCAGCUUGUAGUAAAGCAGGGGUCGGCGAGCCACUCAACCUUGCGGGCUACGGUGUUGAGCUUGCGCUGAAAAACAUGGAGUACAAAGCUAUUGACGACAGCGAAGUCAAAGCUGGUGGAUCAUCUGAAGAUACCUCUACUGAGGAUCCCCUGGCUCAAGAAGUCAGAGGGUUUAUCUUCUCGAGGCUUCUUGAACGUAAGCCUCAUCUUGAAGGGGAGCUCAUGACGUUCAGAGACCAGUUACUGUCGUCCGAGAUAUCGGACAGCAUGAAUGUCUGGGAAGUAAAAGAUCUUGGAUACCAAGCAGCUCAGAGAAUCGUAGGAGCAUCUGAACCAUUACGGCUGAUGCAGGAGUUGAACCAAAACUUUCCAAAUCUCGUGUCGUCAUUGUCUCGCAUGAAGAUCAAUGAGACCAUCAAGCAGGAAAUAGUUUCCAAUCAGCAAAUGAUUUCACCAGGAAGAAAUCUUCUUGCUAUCAAUGGGGCUUUAGUCAAUCCUGAGAGCCUUGAUCUUUUCACGUUGAUUCAUAUGGUGCAUCAAGAGCUGUCCUUUGCUGAUAAGAUACUGAAAAUGAAGGUUCCCUCUAGUUCUGUGUCGAAGCUUUUGAGGCUACCUGAGCCGGUUGAAUCAGUUGCAGUGAGAGUGGAUUUUCGCUCCAAGGAUUUUGUGCACUAUCUGAAUGAUCUUGAAGAAGAUAAUAAAUACAAAAGGUGGAGGACAAAUCUGAACGAGCUAUUAAUGCCAGCUUUCCCAGGACAGCUUCGCUACAUCCGAAAGAACUUAUACCAUGCAGUCUACGUACUAGACCCGGUUUCCGUGAGAGGACUCAGAACGGUGGAGAUGAUUCUGCACUAUUAUCAUAACAACUUGCCAAUGCGUUUUGGUCUCAUCCUGCUCUCGCCGGCGGAUUUGCAUUCAUUAGACGAAGAAAAUGGAGCUGGUGAGAAGGACGAUUUAUCCAGCUUGAUGAUACGUCUUUUUCUUUACGUUAAGAAUACGGGAGGAGUUUAUAACGCUUUUGAGUUUCUAAAAAACGUUUUGGACUCUUAUUCCGAAGAUUCUGAAGAAAACUAUACCGAGGCUAGUCAUAUUGAGGAAGGAUUUGUUAAAUCACUCGGGACUAUGACGAAAACCAGUGCUAUGGAGGUCUUUUCCAAAUUGAAGAAUGGUGAAGAUUAUAGAAAGGAAGCAUUUGAAAGCAGCCAGUUUGUAUACAGGCUUGGUUUAUCCGAAGUAUAUCCAUGCCUCCUCAUGAACGGUCUCGUUUAUGGAGAAAGUCAGCCACAAUUUUCAGUGAUGGCGGCCAUGAAUGAAGAACUCCCUAAAAUACAAGAAAUGGUCUACUUCGGUCAAAUACAUUCACGGACAGAUGUUUUAGACAAGUUUUUAGCAGAGGAAGGCCUUAAAAGAUAUAACCCAAAGAUAGCUGGCACUGGGAAAGAUUCGAAGUAUGUGUCAGUUGCACCGGUGGUUUCUGAGAGCCAUCCAGUUGUAUGUAGUCUCCAGUAUCUGCACACACCUGGAACCGAAGAUGACGUAAAACCUGUAACUCACUGGCUAGUUGUUGACUUGACGAAGGAAUCCGGUAUACGUCUGUUGACGCAAGGUGUCCGCUACAUUAUGGAAGGUACAGACAGAGGGCGUCUUGCUAUUCUACAUAACAUGAAGGAUGCGGACAAUACUCCAGAAUCAUCAAAAGAGUUACUGCUUCCCCGACUUGUUAGUCACGUUAUGCAGGCAUCAAGUCGCCGAGCAAAAUACCUGCGGUUGUUACAUUCUUUUUUAACGCAUUACAAGUCAGGCACUUUUGAGGAGGUUCUGCAUUUGUAUUUGAGUACUGCUAAAGAGAUGGGUCUGGACAUUGCGAAGGAGGCAAUCUUGGAGUCCUCUACAUUAUCUACUCAGCUUUUACAGUUCCAUAAAGAAAAGAAGUUUGUAGCGGAAUUGUUUGGCAUCAGGCCAGGUAUUAACGCCGUAGCUACAAAUGGGAGGAUUUCUAGUCAAGACUCAAAACCUUUUAUUGCGGAAGACCUCAUGCUUUUAGAAUCACUAAUGUAUCGGCGAAGGAUAAAGGACGUACAGGAAAUUAUUGAAGAUGUGAAGUGGGAAGGUUUAGAACCUGAUGACAUUACAAGGUAUGUCGACCUAAUUAAUGUGGCUUUCCUCUCUUACUUUGUUGUGCUUAGUGCGUACCUAAGCACCGUCAUCAUGGCAGUCUCAUCCACAAUGGCGUCGCGCACUCGGAGCUCCGAGACGGCACAGUUUGAGCUCCUCAAGGCUGAUCACAGUGCUAUUGUCCGGCAUGUCGAUGGCUCGCCGAUUCAAAUCGAUGCGGUCAUCAACCCGCUGAGUGCUCUUGCUCAAAGACUGACUCCUCUUCUGCUGAUGCUUGAAGAAUGGCUCCAUCCAAGUAUACGUAUAGUCUUGAAUCCGAUGAGCUCACUUGGGGACGUUCCCCUAAAGAAUUUCUACAGAUACGUUCUACCGUCAAAAGAAGAGUUUUUAUCAGGUGGUAUUGGGCCGCAUGCGAGGUUCUCCAACAUGCCCCCAUCGAAGACGCUAACGCUUAAUCUAGAUGUACCCGAGCCAUGGCUUGUAGAGCCUGUCGUGGCUAUUCAUGACCUGGAUAAUAUUGUUUUGGAAAAGCUCGACGAUGAAAGAACUUUGCAUGCCGUUUUUGAGCUUGAAGCUCUUAUGAUAACAGGACACUGUUAUGAGCACAAUGAGCCGCCUCGUGGACUUCAACUUAUCUUAGGAACUAAGCAGCACGCUCAUGUGGUCGACACCAUUGUCAUGGCCAAUCUUGGCUAUUUUCAACUCAAGGCUGCUCCCGGGGUAUGGACUCUUGGUCUAGCCAGAGGCAGAUCGAGCGAGCUAUACACUUUACAAGGACAUAAACAAGGAACGGAUGAGGGUCCGAUUAGCAAGCAAAUCUUAGUUGCUGACAUGAGAGGAGAACUAGUACAUCUUGAGGUGGUAAAACGAAGAGGGAUGGAAGAUGAGAAGCUGUUGGUAGUGGAUGACGACAACGGGAAGAAAACAUCUCUAAGCGACAAGACGAAAGGUUUCUUUGAAUGGGCUGCGAAUAUUAUGGGCACAGGAGAAAAGAAAACUUCAAAACAGAAUACCUCGGCUUCAGCGAGGCAUGGUGAAACCAUCAACAUUUUCUCGGUUGCGUCGGGGCAUCUAUACGAGCGUUUUCUAAAGAUUAUGAUGCUCAGCGUUUUGAAGAAUACUAGACGGCCAGUGAAAUUUUGGUUUAUCAAGAAUUAUCUUUCUCCACAAUUUAAGAAUUUGAUACCUCAUGUGGCUGUCGAGUAUGGCUUCGAAUACGAGCUUGUAACGUACAAGUGGCCUACCUGGCUUCAUAAGCAGACUGAAAAGCAACGAAUCAUAUGGGCCUAUAAGAUUUUGUUCCUUGACGUGAUUUUCCCUCUCUCUCUCAAAAAGGUUAUCUUCGUGGACGCUGAUCAAAUAGUGCGUGCUGACAUGGGGGAACUAUAUGACAUGGAUAUAAAGGGCAGACCCCUCGCUUACACGCCUUUCUGCGAUAACAACAAAGAUAUGGAUGGUUAUCGCUUUUGGAGUCAGGGAUUCUGGAAGGAACAUCUGCAAGGAAAGCCUUAUCACAUCAGUGCGCUCUACGUUGUGGAUCUUGAUAAAUUCCGCCAAACAGCAGCCGGUGACAACCUGCGUGUAUUUUAUGAAAAUCUAAGCAAAGAUCCAAACAGCCUUUCCAAUCUCGACCAGGAUCUUCCAAAUUAUGCUCAACAUACGGUACCGAUAUAUUCCCUCCCUCAAGAAUGGCUGUGGUGUGAGUCUUGGUGUGGAAAUGCCACCAAGGGCCGAGCAAAGACAAUCGAUUUGUGUAACAAUCCCAUGACCAAGGAGCCCAAACUACAGGGCGCCAGAAGAAUUGUCCAAGAAUGGCCGGCCCUUGACGAAGAAGCGCAACUUUUUACCAAAAGGAUCCUCGGCAAAGGCAGGGACGAGGAGAACACAAUGCAAGUGCCUAAGGAACCUUCUUCCACAAACGAUGCUGACGUGAAAGACGAGUUGUGAGCUCUCAGCAGCAUACGAACGAACGGUAAACGAGUCAGAGUUUGAUUUAUUUUAUUGUAUUCAAAACGCGUCUGGGACGUGGUUCCAUGAAUGAUUGGUUUAAGCGCU